UUAAUCGAUUUAACUUUGGCUGACAUGCUUCAAGGCAAGGUGCACUGAUCACCGGCGGCGAGAGUGGCAUCGACGCCUCCGCGGCCAAGCUCUUCGCUCAGAAUGGCGCCAAAGUCAUAAUCGCCGACAUCCAUUCCGACCUCCAUCGCCGAACAGAUCACCUCCAACUCCCCCCACGCCCAACCGAUCACCUACGUCCAGUGCAGCGGCGGAUCCAGGAUAGGGUAGAGCACUGGGUCACAUUUGAAAAGAGGAGGAGAGGAUUGGGCUAUAACCCGACGAGCACAGAAACAACACCUAAUAUCGGAAAUUUACAAGGGCUAUACCAGCUCUAAAUCUAGGGGAGGGCUGGGCCGUGAGCCGGGGGCGGGCCCCCUGAAUCAACCGUUGGUCCAGUGUGACGUCAGCAACGAGUCUGACCUCCAAAACGAGUAGACACCGCCGUAUCGGCCCACGGCAAGCUGGACAUCAUGUUCAACAACGCCGGGAUCAUGGGCCAACUCGCGGGGAUGCAGAUCGUGACAACGGACGGCCAGGAUCUCGCUAAGGUGCUCGAGGUCAACGUCCGCGGCGCGUUCCACUGCACCAAGCAUGCGGCGCGCGUGAUGACUGGGGAAAAGAGAGGGGCGAUUAUUUUUACCGCCAACAGCGUUACGACGACGUUUGGGAACGCGCCGCAUGCCUAUACGACAUCGAAGCAUGUUUUGGCCGGGCUGAUGAAGAACCUGACCGUUGAGCUGGGUGGGUAUGGGAUUUGGGUUAAUUCGAUUUCGCCCGACGGGGUUACGACCCCGAUGGCGAUGAACGCGCUCGGGUUGGACCGAAGGGCGGUUCAGAAACUGGGUUCGCAGUGGGCGAGCUUGAAGGGGACGGUGUUGGACGAGAACGACGUCGCGGAGGCGGCUUUAUACUUGGCCAGCGACGAGUCCAAGUUUGUGAGUGAGUUGAAUCUCGUGGUGGAUGGCGGCUACAAUUUGAAGAGUGCUUGACUUUUUUGUUGUUUUUCUCGGGGUCGGAUACUAUGUCUACCCCCAAAAGGGUUAGUUUUUUACACCCCUUCUUAAUUGGUCAACUUUUUCAUUAAUCAUUGUCAAGUAUUAAUGAAAGUAGACAUAAUAAAUUUUUUGUUAUUAA